AUGCGCCCACCCGCGUCGCGACCAAAUUUGAUGUCGCGCGGCCGCUCUGCUACGCCUGCACUCAACGAUGGACGCUCAUCGCGAGCAGAAUCCGUAGCCUCGACUUCGCGAGCACCGCGGUCUUCCCCACUGAAACGGAAAGAGCGCGAAUACGAAGACACGGUGGAAGAGACGAACAUCAAUGUCGUUGUUCGAUGCCGAGGCCGAAAUGAUCGCGAGGUGCGCGAGAACAGCGGCGUCGUUGUCUCGACAAACGGCAUCAAAGGCACGACUGUCGAGCUCUCCAUGGGCGCCAACGCGCUCAGCAACAAGCAAUACCAAUUCGACAAGGUCUUCUCUCCAGCCGCCGACCAGAACAUGAUCUUUGACGAGGUUGUCUCACCUAUUCUUGACGAGGUCUUGAAUGGCUUCAACUGUACCAUUUUCGCCUAUGGCCAAACUGGUACUGGCAAGACAUACACCAUGACUGGUGACAUCUCCGACAUCCUGCCACCGCCAGACGCGGCUGGUAUCAUUCCUCGUGUUCUGCACGCCCUCUUUGAUCGCCUCGAAGCCGCCGAAACCGAAAGCUCAGUCAAGUGCUCAUUCAUCGAACUUUACAACGAAGAAUUGCGCGACUUGUUUUCGACCGACGACACAGUCAAGCUGAAGAUUUUCGAAGACAACAGCAAGAAGGGCCACAGCACCACCCUAGUUCAGGGUAUGGAGGAGUGCCAUUUGAACACUGCCGCACAUGGUAUCGAAAUGCUUCGCGAUGGAAGUUACAAGCGCCAGGUUGCCGCGACAAAGUGCAAUGACCUCAGUUCUCGAAGUCAUACCGUGUUCACCAUCAUGGUAUAUACCAAGCGCGUGACAGAGGACGGACAGGAAUAUCUCAGUGCUGGAAAGCUCAACCUCGUCGAUCUCGCAGGAAGUGAGAACAUUCAACGCAGCGGUGCCGAGAACAAGCGCGCAGCAGAGGCUGGAUUGAUCAACAAGUCGUUGCUCACACUUGGCCGCGUUAUCAACGCGCUGGUAGAGCGCAGCUCCCACAUCCCAUACAGAGAGUCGAAGCUCACGCGCUUACUUCAAGAUUCGCUUGGAGGCCGAACCAAGACCUGCAUUAUUGCUACUUUGUCGCCAGCAAAGAGCAACCUCGAGGAGACGAUUUCCACACUAGACUACGCCUUCCGAGCCAAGAAUAUUCGCAACAAGCCCCAAGUGAACCAGGCCAUCAACAAAAAGACUUUGCUGAAAGAGUUUACUUACGAGAUCGAGAAGCUGAAAAGCGAACUGAUUGCAACACGACAGCGGAACGGUGUCUACCUAACCCAGGAGAACUACGAGGAGAUCACCACCAUCAGCGAAUCGAGACGCAUUCUUAGCGAGGAACAGCGCGACAAGCUCGAGACCAUGGAACUUAACCUUCGAAACAAGGUCGAAGAUCUGUUCAAGCUUACCACUAGCUUCCAGACUUUGAAGAAAGACAACGAGCAGACACAAAUGGCUUUGGAGGGCACGAAAGGCAUUCUCGAGAAGACCGAGAUUGUGCUAGAGCACACACGCCAGAACCUCACCGAAGAGACGGAGCUACGGAAAGCGCACCAGAAGACUGAGAGUGAGCUUGCAGAUAUUGGACAAGACAUGAUCUCGACGCUCGGCAAAACCACUUCGGAUAUCGAUGGACUACGAUCGAAGAUCCGCCGCAAAUCCGAGCUCCAGUCUCAGAACAGGCGGAAUUGGACCUCGUCGCAGACCACCGUCCUGGACACAACGCGCCUCGUCGAGGAUCGUAUCGAAGAGUUCCAGCAGCAACAAGAGCAGUUGAUGGCUUCGCUGUCUGACCGAAUGCAAGACUUCGUCAGGGACGAGCUUGCGAAACUAGGAGCCUCGCAAUCAUUCUUACAAGAAAAGAUGGAAGCAUACCAGGUGUCCGAACAAGAGGUCAACGAGCAGACAACGAAGUCUCGCGAUGACAUGAACGAAGUCCUUGAAGAAAUCAAAACUCUGAGGGAGGACGUAAAGCUGAAAAUCGGAGCUGGUCUCGACGAGCUAUCCGCUGCAGCGGAGACCAUUUCCGCAAGCAUCAUCACUGAGCUAGAGGCCUUCCACACGCAAGUUCAUUCAUCAUAUGCGUCUUUAGGUCGCGACUUCAAAACAACCUUCGAUGAUCUUGUCAAGGAUUUGAAUGAGCAACAAGCUGAGAAUGAGCGCCUUCACCAGCAAGUCCUGGAUGCGAACGCGGCGCUAGUGAAAGCCAACAAGUCCUCUCAGGGACAGAUCACGCACAUCAUGGACGAGGAGAAGAAAAGAUCCGCAGAGGAACGCCAACGACUGCUGUCCCAGAUAACCGCACUUGUGAGCGCUACUGCUGAUGCGCAGGAGAUGAGACUCAGCGAGAAGCUGUUUGGCGUGAGCGAGGAGAUUGGUGCAGCUAACACAGCGUUCGAGGCCAAGCAAGAAACAUACACAGAGGGCAUCCAUGCUUGGUCAAGCAAGUCUCAAGACAUUCUGGCCGGUGUAUCCAAGUCCAGAGAUGCCGUCAAGACUAAGAUCAAAUCAGAUUUUGCAGCGGCAACCCAGCACUCGACAUCGAUCAAGGACACCACGACCUCAGUCCAUGCAAGCACUGUACAGACCGUUCAGGCACAGAUGGAGCACUUGGAUACGCAGCUUCAGUCUCUCGACGACAUCGUUUCCCAAAUUCGCGAACAGAACAACACUCAUCACACUGCCCAUACAGCCUCGCUUGCCUCACUGUCCUCCACUGUACAGGCAUCGUACUCCAGUAUCGGCGAGCACCUGUCAUCAUCCUUCGAACGCGUCCAGUCGCUGGAAGCCGAUGUUUCAGCGCAAGCUGGCACACUCAAGGACACUUUGCCUACUCUUGGUGCAGAUGCUGACAUUCGCGCGCCUCUCCACCAGCUUCGCGACAAUAUCGGCUCACAGAAUCUGAUCGAGUACAACCCAACCGGCGAGACACCUCAGCGAGUCUCCUACCAGAUUCCUUCCAACCUACCGCGAACUGAAGCCCACGAGAAUCUCCUUGCCCGCCUCCGCGACCGCCCUGAUACCUCCGACACGAGCUCCUCCCGCAGUCCAUCCAAACAGCCCGUCUUCAACGACGCGACGAACGCCCUCGCAUCACCGUCCGACAUGUUCAAACUCAGCACUACCGCGAAGCCAAACUUUGCUCGCUCCGUUAGUGCGACCUCCCACGCACACACUAUCACAUUUGGUGCUGGAUCGUCACUGCGUGAACUGGAUCCUAACGUUGUUGCGCAGGAGUCUCACACCCAACCUCUCCCUCUCGUCUCCCAGUCCUCCGAUAGCUUCGUCAUGGCAGCCCCGCCGAGUAAGAAGCAGCGAGGUAACCCGGACGAUGGGAGCAAGCUGCCAAUGAAGAAGAUGCGCAAGACGGUGGCGGGUAUCGCGGACAGGGAAAACUUGAGCAUUACGAACUUUGCAAACAGUGUUGGGCCAGGAGUUGCGGGUCAACGGAGGCUGCGAAGUCACGGGUCUAGUUAA